AUGGCAGCAUUGAGAAACUUUACGCUCUUACACCAGCCUCUCAACUCUUUGUCAACAACAAUGAUGAACUCAUCAGCUUAUCUGACGUUGAAUAUGAAUGAAGGGAUUCUCGAAGGAGCUGGGGAUUUGUUCAAGAAAGUUCAUGGUAUUAACAUGUUUGAGUACAUGAGCAAUGAUCCAACUUUCAGCAAUAUUUUUAAUAAGGCGAUGGUUGGUAUUUCCCAAUUUAAGCUGAAGGGGAUUCUAGAGGCAUACAGAGGAUAUGAGGGACUUGCAUCAUUGGUUGACGUUGGUGGUGGAACCGGCAAAUGCCUCCACAUGAUCACCUCUAUGUACCCUCACAUUAAGGUCAUUAAUUAUGAUUUGCCUCAUGUUAUACAAAAUGCACCAACUUUUCCUGGUAUCGAACAUGUUGGAGGAGAUAUGUUUUCAAGUGUCCCAACCGCAGAGGCAAUUAUGUUACAGCUGCUAAAGAAUUGUUACACAGCACUGCCAAAACAUGGAAAACUGAUUAUUAUAACUGUAGUAUUGCUAGAAGAACCUGAGUCAAACAAGUAUUCUAUGUAUACUUCUAGAAUUGACACGGCAAUGAUUGCGCAUUUUUCAUCUGGGAAAGAAAGGACAACAAAAGAACUUGAGAGCUUGUGCCGAAAAGCCGGAUUUUCCAACUUUCAAGUAGCUUUUCAGGGCUUUGAAGCCGUUAUAGAAUCUUAUAAGUAA